AUGGAUGAUUGCAAAGAACAACGUGCCAAAGCUCAACAAUCUGCAAGCAACUUUGAUGAGAAUGCCAAGUUUAAGCACUUCCAAGAGGGCACUUCUUCAAAUGAAGCUCUUAGUACCUCUUCAGUGUUAAAGACGAAAAGUGAUCAACUCAAGUCAACUAUUACAGUCAACGAAACGGAUGCUUGUACUUCACCUAAGAAAACAAAAGCGAAUAAUCCUAGCAAGAAGAAGUACAUGCGAAGACAAAAACUGAUUGCCAAGAUCGUCAAGCGGCAAUCAUGCUCUGAAGAAGAAGCGAAGCAAAUUUUGUUUGAGCGUUCCGAACAAAAACGGAAAACUAAAACAUUAGAAGAGUUCCUUUCUGAAUCCUCUAAUUGUCCGGAAGUGAAACAUGUCUUUAAGAAAAAGUUCAUUCCGCUUAGCACAAAGGGUGCACCCAAUGCGUUUGAGCUGUCGUAUAAUGUUUUUCGGAAAUAUCAAAUGAAUAUUCAUAUGGAACCUGAGCGAAAAGUUUCUUACCGAGGAUUCACCCAGUUUCUAGUUGAUUCGCCUAUCAAGUACCAAUCAGUCGGUGCUCCCAUAAAUUCAUCAGAAUCUGGUGAUAUGGUACGCUUUUACGGUUCAUUUCAUCAGCACUACUACAUUGACGAAAGAUUGAUUGCCGUUGCUGUGCUCGACAUUCUUCCGAACUGUAUCUCUUCAGUCUAUCUCUACUACGAUCCAGAGUUUAGUUUUCUCAAUCUGGGUGUUUACUCUGCUUUAACGGAGAUUGCUUUGGUGAGAAAGUUUAUGAAAUUUUUACCCGAUCUGAAGUAUUACUAUAUGGGCUAUUACAUUGAUUCUUGCCCAAAGAUGAAAUACAAGGGCCAGUUUUUGCCCUCUGACCUGUUGUGCUGUGAAACAUUUCGCUGGGUUUCUCUCGAGUCCUGCACUGCAAAGCUGCUAGCAAAAAAACGACCUUAUGCCCGAUUCUGCGAUGAUCUUUCGGUGGAGGACAAUGAUGGGAAAGUAGACGAUAAGACGGUGAAGUUGCUGUACGAAGAUACAGUCAUCGAUUUACAAUCGGCUCGCCUCAAGUACUCACUGAAAAGUACCACUGUGAAGCUUAUCCGAGAAUACGCCAGUUUAGUUGGCAAAACCUGUGCGUCGAGCCUUAUCUACUACUUAUCAAAGCAAUAA